GCCGCUACUUACCACUAGAUCUCUGACCAAUGUCAUGAUCUGUCCUAGCAUUACCUCCACGUACGUCGAUAUAUAGAUAUGCGCCCUGUAGACACGUUUGACUGCCAAGCCUAGGACCUUCUCCCAUCAUUUCAUAUCCUGCAGGUAGUUUGCAGGGCCAGCAUCCCAAGAUUGAUCGAUGCAGCACAGAGCCGAGUUGCACAUUUUCACCAAUGACCACCAUCCCACGCUCACCAGGCCCCAUUCCGCUCAAGUCGCAGGUCGGGGGCCACCCCGGCGUGAUGACGAGCGAGGAUGGCUCGCUGGUUAUCAAGCCCGCGCUGCCUGUGGAGGUUGCGUUCUACCAGGCCGUGCUCGCGGACCCCUCGCUCGAGUCGAUUAGGCCAUACGUGCCCAGGUUCUUUGGCACACUCCGGCUCGAGGGCCAGGUUGACGAGGAGAGGAGCGCCCAGGGACCUGCACAGUCCAUUGUGCUCGAGAAUCUCUCGUAUGGGUUUGCAAAGCCAAAUAUUCUCGACAUCAAGCUCGGUACCACCCUCUAUGACGAGGACGCAUCUGACGAGAAGCGCGCCCGCAUGGAAAAGAAGGCGCGCGAGACAACGUCCCUUGAGACAGGUGUGCGUCUCACUGGCUUCCAGAUAUACGACCUCGAGAAGAACAAUCCAGUCAUUACGCCCAAGUCCUACGGCUACUCCAUCAAACCCGCAGACCUGCCUGACGGCAUCGCCAAGUUCUUCAUCGCCGCAGCACCCCAACGCGACAGCGGCGCAGCACCAGCUCACCCAGCUGAUCCAGCUGCUGGGGCUGGUACCACACAGGGCACAGGCCUCCCCGCUGACGUACUGCUUCCAGUGCUCUCGGGUCUGCGCGAAGACGUCGCCGAGAUACGUAAUGCGCUGAGCGGCGUACACAUGCGCAUGGUCGCCUCCAGUCUGCUUAUCAUAUAUGAAGCAGACCCGGAGCGCGCACGCGAAGGCGUGCGGAUUUGGCUGGAAGAGGGGACAAAGAAAGUGGGCCCGCCAUACGCUAUCAAGAUCAUAGACUUUGCGCAUACGCGACUCAAGCCUGGGGAGGGUCCGGACGAAAGCUUGCUUAAGGGCCUCGACACGGUAUUGCGGUUGUUGGAUGGGCGAAUAGAGCAGGUCAGGGCUCUCUAGGCGGGAUUAAUUUAGAUCCACGAUUCUAGUCGGUGCUAUACCAGCCG